GUGGCGCCGCAGGUGAGCGUGGCGGGCGCUGCCGCCCGACCUGGAGCCGCUUGGCGCAACCGGUGCCGAUCUUGCAUCAGCUGCCGCCAGCCCACGCGCGGCCGCUCCUUCCGCUCCUGCCGCGCUCCAGUUCUGCCGUACCCGGGUUCCGCGGCAGGACAGAGCCUGACUGGCGCUCCUGGGGACGCAGAUGCCCCCCCGGAGGCUGAGGCGGUGGUCCCGAGCUAACAGCUCCCCACACCGACGCUAAGUCGCGGCGGGAUGCGAUAGUCGCUACCGAGCUGCGGUAGGCACCGGGAUGCAGCGGGAGGCUCCUGCUGCCGCCUGACCCAUGAGGAUCUCGAGCCCGGCUGCUGGAGGUACUUGGAACGAUUGAGCAGCGCUGGGGAAGGCAGCUAGAGUUGUCCAGGGCUUUUCACCAGCCGAGCUUCACUGAGGAGAAGACAAGAUGUUGAAGGAAAAAAUGACCGUUUUUGGGAAGAAGCUGAUCCGCCGGCGCAUGGUGGACCUGAGCUCCGAUGACACACAUUUUGCUCGCUGCCUCUCCACGCUGGACCUCAUAUCCCUGGGGGUGGGCAGCACACUAGGAGCCGGUGUGUAUGUGCUGGCCGGGGAGGUGGCCAAGGAGAUGGCUGGUCCCUCCAUCGUCCUCUCCUUCCUGGUGGCUGCUUUCUCAUCGGUACUGGCUGGACUCUGCUAUGCAGAGUUUGGGGCCCGUGUCCCCAAGGCCGGCUCUGCGUACCUCUACAGCUACGUUACUGUCGGCGAGAUCUGGGCUUUUAUAGCCGGGUGGAACCUCAUUCUCUCCUAUGUGAUAGGUACGGCCAGUGUGGCUCGAGCCUGGAGUGCAACGUUUGACAACAUCAUCGGCAACCACAUCUCCACCUUCUUCGCCACCAACAUCCCAAUGCACGUGCCAGGAGUGCUGGCUGAGCAUCCAGACUUCUUUGCUUUGAUCCUGAUUUUGCUGCUUACUGUACUGCUGUCUUUUGGUGUCAGCGAAUCUGCCCUUGUGAACAAAAUCUUCACAGCUGUGAACCUCUUGGUGCUGAGCUUUGUCAUCAUUGCUGGCUUCAUCAAGGGAGACAUCAAGAACUGGCAGCUUUCAGAGGAGAGCCGUGUCAAUUUGUCACUGCUAGACAAGCCGGAUGACAUGAAAAAAGCUUUUGGCUCUGGUGGGUUUUUCCCCUUUGGGCUGGAAGGGAUGCUGACCGGCGCUGCCACUUGUUUCUAUGCCUUCGUGGGCUUUGACUGCAUUGCCACCACAGGGGAAGAAGCCAGGAACCCGCGGCGCUCCAUUCCCAUUGGCAUCAUUGUGUCCCUCCUCAUCUGCUUUGUGGCUUAUUUCGGGGUCUCUGCAUCCCUGACUCUCAUGGUGCCCUACUUCCUCCUGAACAAGAGCAGCCCUCUGCCUGAGGCUUUCAAGGCGGUUGGCUGGGAGCCCGCCCGCUACGCCGUUGCUGUUGGCUCGCUCUGUGCCCUCUCCACCAGCUUGCUGGGCUCCAUGUUUCCCAUGCCCCGAGUGAUCCAUGCCAUGGCAGAGGACGGGCUGCUCUUCAAGUUCCUCUCCCGGAUCCACAGUGGCAGAAAGACCCCUCUGAUCGCCACCUUUGUCUCGGGGUUCUUCGCAGCGGUGUUUGCCCUCCUGCUUGACCUGAAGGACCUGGUGGACCUCAUGUCGAUCGGCACGCUGCUGGCCUACUCCCUGGUGGCGGUGUGCGUGCUCAUCCUCCGGUACCAGCCCAGACAGCCGAACUCCCCGAAGGCCGUGGAAAUGCUGGAGCUGAAUGGGAAGGAGGAGGAGAGAGUGAUCAUGAACCCAGCCAUCACUGCUGCCAGUGCCCAGCACAAAGAGACCUUGUCCCUGGUGACGCUCUUCAACCCGCCUGGGGACACCCCCACUGUGCUCUCAGGGCGCAUUGUCUAUGUCUGUGUCGCAGUCAUUGCUGCACUGAUCACAGUCAUCUGCGUGGUCCUGACCCUCAAUGUGGCUGCGCUGAAGGAUGCCAAUGUGGGCUCUGUUGUGCUUCUGGUGCUGCUCCUCGUGGCCCUGCUCAUUGUCACCAUCAUCAUUUGGAGGCAGCCGCAGAGCAAUGCACGAUUAAACUUCAAAGUACCUUUACUGCCACUUGUGCCAAUCCUCAGCACCUUCAUUAACAUCCUGCUGAUGGUCCAGCUGGAUAAGGGCACCUGGGCGCGGUUUGCCAUCUGCAUGGUUGUGGGUUUCGUUAUUUACUUCGCCUAUGGGAUUUGGAACAGCGUGGAAGGGAAAAAUGCGGAAACAGCCCCUGCCUCAGCAGAAAAACCUCUGCACCAUCCUGGGCUGGACCUCAGCUCUGGGGCUGCUGCGGUCUGAGGGCCUGGGGACCAGUGCUUCAUGGACCUCUUCACCACUGUGGGACAAGAUCAUGAUCCAGAAAGUACAUCCAUCCCCUCUCCUGCAGAGACUGAGUCCCAGAGUGAAGUACUAAGGUCUGAACAAAAGGUCCUGAGUCAAAGCUGACCUAGGAUGAAUAUUCCAACCAAAUGUUGUAUGUUUCCACUCAUUAACAAAGUAUUGUUAGGUGUACUUAUUGGCAAAACGUGUGUCUAGAAACAGCAUAAGGCCACAUCUGGCCUAAUUAGGGGAUACAGCAUCAAAGACAACUCCCUUGGGUCCUCCUUGAGCCCUGGCCAGGCUUUGGGAGGAAGCUGACAGGAAAAUGAAAUUAGAAAUGAUGUCAGCUGGUUUGUUUAGCAGUGUAAAACCCGGGCUGCUGUCACAGCAAAGUGGGGGAGCCUCGUGGCCUGCAGAGGAGGAGGCACUGCAGGAGCUCCCAGCUCCUGGCGUGGUUCUCCAGCCCUUGGCUGUGACAGCUUCCCCCCAGAGCUGGUGUCUCUUGGGCUUGGAUGGUGUGUGAUGGAUCUUCCUUAAUCACUGUAGGCAUUCUUUCCUAGCAAUGAUUAGCAUUGCUCAGCUUGUCCCUGUGCAACUCUUUGCUCAUGGUUAGGUGCCUUGCUUAGCUUCUCCUUUUGUGAUUCUUUGCAGUUUUCCAUCGUAGUAAAUACCACUGUUCCCUAAGUUGGUGUCUGUGUCUCUGACCCUACUCACCAGCUAAACAAAAUCAGCAUAGUCAUCAGGGUCAGAACAAACUGUUGCUUUUAAAAUCUAAAUUAAAGUAACCAGUCCUGUAUGAAAUUCCCAGAUGGGAAGAACUUCCAUAUAGUUCACUGGUCCUCAAGUGGGCUAAGGUUGGAGGACCAUGUGAGCAAUGGGGAAGUAAGUUAAAAGAAGUUGAACUGCUGGAUGUAUUGAAAUGCAUCCAAAAAUCACAUACUAAAAAAGGAAAAGAACUUGUGGAUUUGGAAAGGCAAGGAUGGAUUUUGUUAACAGUAUAUCAAACAAACAAAACACCAACAAAAGGAACAGUUGUUGAAAUGCUCUAACAUGAACCAACAGAUGUGAGUUGCAGAAUCAAAUUGUAAUGCUAAAAUGCCAAAAUAAGCUGCUUGGUGAUAAGAUGGAUUUACCAGACUUGCUGAGAAGGCUGCAGUUAGAGUAGCUCAGUAUAAGGAAAGGAGGGGGCAAGUGAAGCACAAGAAAAUGCAUGCAGUGAUUGCAGAGGCCGGUGUGCAGUGGGAUCCUGAUGGAUGGAAUGGAGAUAUUUGGGCUGCUGUGGAUUCUGAUGAGGUUGGUUCCCGAGAUGAAUUUGUAGAUGUGAGACCAGCAUGGAGACAAAUUGUAGAAUUAGAUGCUAAUGAUCAGGAGGGAUACUCAUAGAGGAUUAUACUCAGCAUGAAGUAAAUUAAAUAUUUGAGCAGUUUAGGAAAAAACAGGGGAACCUCUUGUCUCUUGGGUGGUAUGCUUGCGUGACCAGGGAGCAUCAGGGAUAACCCUAGACUCAGGGGACUCUAAGAAGUUUUUAGAUUGAGUUUGGAUUCUUCUGUGCAAGAUGCAUUUUGGAAUAACAUUCACAAUAGUAAUUUGUUAGCUUUGGCUGCUUUGGAUGUAAUACUAAAUACCCUACAGCAAAUUAUUGGCCAGGAUCUGAAAAAGUCAGUGGUACACUUUGUGAGAUUGUGUACGACAAGAUGCAAGAGAACCUCUUGUGAUGUUGUAUUUGUGGAUAAUGUUACUGAAGAUAUAAGUAGUCACUCCAAUGUUUGUACCUGUAACUUUAUUGCAAUGAUAGGCUUUUAGUUAUUUAUUUUUUUAUAUUUUUUAAAUUAAGAUUUUUAGUUUUACUCCCAUUUGUAUGAACUGGUAAAGGUUCUGUUCCAACACACGGACCCGAGGCUUGCUGAAACAAGCCCAGGAGAAUGGAUAAAAGGCUUUGAUUGCUGUCCAUCAUGGCAUGGCAGAAAUCCAUCAUGUGAUGGAGACAUGGAUGGUGGGACAUUAUUUUCAGAUGGAUGCCUACAGCUACCAGAAUUUUCAACUGAGUGCUUCACCCUGGUGUUGUUUUAUUGAUGCUAAUCCUUUUGCUUUUUGUUGUGAUACUUGCAUUGUAUGUUAAGGUUUGGAUGAUCAUGAAACAGUUAUCUUACCAACUACCUCCACUGAUACUAGACAAUCCAUGCGGUACCAAAGCAUGAAAUGUUCUUGAGCUCUAUUUGGAUAUUGUGAAGCUUGAGUGAUUAUAGUCACAGGGUGUAUUGUGUAGGACAAUGACUGGGAACUCUGUGGACAGGUUAACUGGGAGUACAAUUAGAGGAAACUGAGGACUUAGAACAGUAUGGAAAUUAUAGGCCUUAAUUUGGUGUCUGUGUCUCUGACCCUACCUACUGGCAAAAGUGUCAGGACUGCAGAGCUGGGUCAUGUGCUGCCUCUGCCCCUCACAGGGAAGUCACCUGGCUGGGUGGAAGUUCUGGUGGCCCAGGGCUGGUCUCUGCUCCCCUCCAGUCCCACAGAGGGGCAGUGACACCAGCACAGCCCCCUGGCCAUGAAAAUUGCUUUCUCUGUGCACAGGAGGCCCCACAUGAUGGUGCAUCUGUAUUCAUUCCAUCUGCCACGUGGCUGUGUUCACCACCUCCUCCCUGCCUUCCAGGUGCCAGACUUGUACCUGGCAGCCAUGGCAGGAGCUCUGCAGGAAGGCUUACUGCAACUUGUUCUGGUACUCACAGUACUCUGGUACUCACUGCUUGCAAACUGGUACUGCCCUCACCAUGCUGUUUGACGUAAAUAUCUUGCUCAAGUGUCAGUGAGAUGUCCGCAGUGUAGUUGUACUUGUGUCCAACCUCAUCUGCCUUUCUGUAAUUUUAAGGUAAAUUCUUAAAUCUAUUAAAUUAAAUGUUUUUAA